CUUCCGACGGUACCAGGGACAGGGAUACCCGGGCUGGACGGUGCGAGGAUGGAGUUUCAGCACAUGCUUACUGAUCUUCAAAGGAAGUGUGAAACCUAUAAAUCAAAUUACAAUGUACUCAAGAUCGAACAUUCCAGUUUGCAGGAUGAGCUAUUGCAUAUACAGGGGGAAUCAAAGCGUCUCCGUAGCCAGCAGGAUAAACUUCAGUUACAGUUGGCUGAGCGGUCAAGAGAACUGCUGGACAAAAAAAAGGAGACGGAGGAGCUUCGACUGCAGGUGAUGACUCCAAAGCGUCUGGAGUUACUCAGGGCUCAAGUGCAGCAGGAAUUGGAGGCUCCAGUCAGAGAGCGUUUCAACAAACUGGAAGAGGAGGCAGAGAAGUACCGGUCCGAGUUCAACAAGCUGCGCUACGCCUUCACUGUGCUCAAUUCCCAAUUUGAACACCAGAAGGAGGAACAUGUCGGCGUACUGGAAGGGCAGAAGAUGCGGUAUGAGAUGGAGAUUGCUCAUCUGAAGAAAGAGAAGGAAAACCUGGUGGCCCAGUACAAGAACGUUGAUCCGCGAUUCGAAAGGAAGCAAGUGGAGGUUCUGCUCAAGGAGAAAACGCAGCUCACCAUGUGGCUGAAGGGUCUGCAGGCGGAGGUGGACGAGCUGCAGGCAAAGAAGGACAACUCGGACCAGCAGGUGGAGAACAUUCAGCUCUCGCAAAACAGACAUCUGACGGAAUCCCAGGCUGUGGUCAAGUCGCUUGAGUCGGAGCGCCAGUGCAUGUCGCUACGACUGGAGCGCAUGGAGAGCGAGCUUCAUCUCAGCCAGGAGCAGAAUAACCAGCUCACCGGGCAGCUGCACAAAACGAAAAGAGAAAUGAACUCCCUCACCUGCCAGAUCGAAAGCCUGAAACUGUCGCACAAGACCGAGGUGGACAACGUCAAACUGGAAUUCACCCGCGCCAAAGGCGAGGUGGAGAGGGACUGCGAGUCACUGAAGGGGCAGAAGGAAAGUCUGCAAUCGGAGGUGACGGGACUGAAGGAGACGCUGGAGAGGCACAACAAGGUUCUGGUGGAGAAAGAGAUGGAGAUGGUCAGGAAGGUCAAGUCUGUCUGCGACGAGGAAAUGUACAAGACAACGGCGUUGCUCGAGGAGAAGCUGGAAUUGGAGCAACGUCUGAUGGAGUUUGAAAAACAGAAGGCAAUGCAGGAGAUGAACCAGCAAGCCCAGAAAGACGAAUGGCAGGACCAACUUCGGAUUGCCCAGACGAGAGAAGAAUCUGUCCGAAAAGAGCUUCAAGGCCUGAAAAGCAAAUUAAAGCAGCAAAGUGCUAAGCUGGAGGAGCUGGAGAGACAGAAAGCGGAGGUGAUUGACAUCAAGGAGGUGGGUUGGCAGACCCUCAAUAGUCGUCGGGGAAAAUACAUUUGGGUUUAAAAAAAAAAAUGUUUUUUUUGAUUUCGCUUUGAAAAGAAAAAUCAGGAACUCUGCGUCCACCUGGGGACGCUGUCGCGGUCCGAAGCCGAGCUGAUGGAGGCAAACGAUCGUCUGA